AUGACAGUAGUUGUAGAGAACUGUGAAUUAUUUCUUGAUAAAUGCUUCUUAUCAAUGUCAACAAUGAUAGAGAAAAACAUGUUGAAAACAGAAUUUAAAGUCUUAAAUGCGAUAAUAGGAAUGAAAAAUGAAGCUUAUUUAAAUGUCAAUUUGAAAAGCAUGAAAUAUGCAAGAUAUUUUAAAAAACAAACUGAAAAUAUGAGAAGAUUUGAAGAAUUACAUUGCUUGACGAUUAUGCUUGAAAUUUAA